AUGGAGUUUCAUGACUGUCGCUUUUUGCAGUUAUUUUCCCAGGGCUGUUUGGCUAUUGCCACCCAUCCCGUUAUUCAUGAGUGGUCUCCUGGCUCCAUGUUGAAUCAGUCACAGCAACCAGGUUUUAAGGAAACUGCCUUCCUCUAUGCAGUGUCCUCCGCAGCUCUCACCCACUCCCUGGCCAGAGCGUGUAGUGCUGGGCGCAUGGAGCGCUGCACCUGCGAUGACUCCCCAGACCUGGAGAACCGCAAGGCCUGGCAAUGGGGCGUUUGUGGAGACAACCUCAAAUACAGCACCAAGUUCCUGAAAAAAUUCUUGGGUCAGAAGAGGAUUGGCAAAGACCUGCGGGCCAAGGUGGACAUCCACAACACCAAUGUUGGCAUCAAGGCUGUGAAAAACGGUCUCAAAACCACAUGCAAGUGCCAUGGUGUCUCCGGCUCAUGUGCUGUCCGGACAUGCUGGAAACAGCUUUCGCCUUUCCAUGAGAUUGGACGACUGCUGAAGCUGCGCUACGAUGAUGCCAUCAAGGUCUUCAGCACCACCAAUGAUGCUGUGGGACACUCGGAGCUGGCUGGCCCACAGAGACACAGCCAUUCCCCCAAGCACCCUGCUUCGCCCCGCUCUACUGAUCUGGUGUACGUGGAAGACUCCCCCAGUUUCUGUCGUCCCAGCAAAUACUCCCUGGGAACUGCUGGGAGGACCUGCUCUCGGGAAGGCAACUGUGACAGCAUGUGCUGUGGACGAGGCUAUAACACCCAGAGCCGGCUGGUUACCUUCUCUUGCCACUGUCAAGUGCAGUGGUGUUGCUACGUUGAGUGCCAACAGUGCAUGCAGGAAGAGGUGGUCUACAGCUGCAAGCAGUAAAGUCAGUGCU